AUGGAUGCUCCUCGUGAUUAUAUGCUGGCUAAGGUCGUAAACGUCCUCGGACGCACGGGUAACACGGGUAAUGUCACUCAAGUACGUGUGGAGUUCUUGCAGGAUGAUAAGCGUAAGAUUAUCCGUAAUGUCAAGGGUCCUGUACGUGAGGGUGAUAUCCUUUGUCUGCUCGAGUGGGAGCGUGAAGCUCGCCGCCUAAGAUAA